GGCUUGGACGGGAAGAGAAUCAUUGGAGGUGAAGUGGUGACGCCUCACUCCAUCGAGUAUCAAGCCUCGCUCCGGUACAGCAACUCCCACUUCUGUGGCGGUACCCUCAUCCACCCACAGUGGGUGGUGUCUGCUGCCCACUGCUGGAGGUUAAAAACCUUGUCUCUGUGCUCUUGUAGGAGUAACAGGUUACAAGUGGUCCUGAGUGAGCACAAUCUAGUCAAGGAGGAGGGAUAUGAGCAGAUAUUCAACGUCUCUUUGGCCAUCAAACACCACGAUUACAGUUACUGGACGCUUGACAAUGAUAUCAUGCUGCUUAAGUUGGAGCGUCCAGCUAUCAUCAAUGCCAACGUCAGGCCGAUACGUCUGCCAGACCAGAACUCACCCCCACUGCAGGACUUCAGUCAUUGUACAGUCAGUGGCUGGGGCGUGACCUGGGUCUACGGGCGAGUGCUGUCAUCAGAGCUCAGAUCUGUGGAUGUGGAGCUGUACACCAGCUGCUGGAAAUUCUACUACUUCAGGAGCACGACAAACAUGAUUUGUGCCGGCUAUCGUUACGGAGGGAGAGACUCCUGCCAGGGGGAUUCAGGAGGACCUCUUGUUUGUGAUGGAAAAUUUGAAGGCAUCGUAUCGUGGGGCAUCAGCUGUGCGAUUUCUUACUACCCCGGCGUCUACACCAAAGUCAGAAGCUACCUCUCUUGGAUCAAACGGGUUACACAGUACAACUAAUGAGACUCUUAAUGACUGGUUCAUAGAAGACUCUGCUAUGAUGAAUAUUUGAAUGGAUCCUAAUGGACCCAACAGCUUUAAUGUUUUGUCUUUUAUCUAGAACUUUUAAACAAAUGUAAAUAUAUUCACUAAAAUUAAAUUACUUGGAUUUUACACCCCUGAGUGUAAACUUGGAAUCUAUCAACUUACACCUUGUGUUCAAAAUCUGAUUGAAUAUCACUCGGAGAUUCGAAUUAGUAUAAAAAAUAAACCAAGUUUGCCAUAUCUGUUUAACUACAUUCCUUUUGUAUCUUCUAGUUAUUAUACCGUGUUUUUUAGAAGUGAAGUUAAAUUGUCAUAGAUUCUGGAUUACAUUAACUUCUGGCUUCAUUUUGCUCUUUGAAAUCCUUCAUUUCUCCACUGGUCAGAAAAAGCUGAACUUAAAAGUAUAGAUGCAACUUUUCUCAGACUGACUCCUCUGUUUAUGGAUCAUAAUACGCAAUAGAGAAGGAUCAAAAUCAAUAAAGAAAACUGUUUUUG